AUGGCAGCAUUUUAUUUCAACGUGUUUAUGUUAUUCUCUCUUUUAACCAUCACCAUUGUUACUCCUCUUAAUGCUUUUAAACCUCUUGGUCUUCAUCAAGUUUCUGAUUUCAAUAGGAGCAGUUUUCCCAAAGGCUUUGUUUUUGGAACAGCCUCUUCUGCAUAUCAGUAUGAAGGUGCAGCAUUUGAAGGUGGAAAAGGACCUAGUAUUUGGGAUAACUUCACUCAUAAAUAUCCAGAAAAAAUAAGAGAUAGAAGUAACGGUGAUGUAGCUGAUGACUCCUAUCAUAAGUACAAAGAAGAUAUUAGAUUGAUAAAGGAUUUGAAUAUGGAUGCUUAUAGAUUCUCGAUUUCUUGGUCUAGAGUGCUACCAAAUGGAAAGCUUAGUGGAGGAGUAAAUCAAGAAGGAAUAAAAUAUUACAACAAUCUCAUCAACGAAUUAUUGGCUAAGGGUUUAAAACCAUAUGUCACAAUUUUUCAUUGGGAUGUUCCCCAAGCUUUAGAGGAUGAGUAUGGAGGUUUUUUAAGCCGUCGCAUUGUAGAUGAUUUUAGGGACUAUGCUGAACUUUGCUUCAAGGAAUUUGGUGAUAGGGUGAAACAUUGGAUUACAAUAAAUGAACCAUGGAGUGUGAGCAUGAACGCUUAUGCAUAUGGAAAGUUCGCACCGGGUCGAUGUUCAGAUUGGUUAAAACUGAACUGCACAGGAGGUGAUUCAGGGACAGAACCAUAUUUGACUGCACACUACCAGCUUCUUGCUCAUUCUGCUGCUGCAAAUUUGUACCAGAUCAAAUAUAAGUCAUCUCAACAAGGUAUAAUAGGGAUUACCUUAGUCUCACACUGGUACGAGCCGGCCACUACAGCGAAGGCAGAUGUUGAUGCUUCAAAACGAGGUCUCGACUUCAUGUUUGGAUGGUAUAUGAAUCCGCUUACAAGAGGAAAAUAUCCAAAAAGCAUGAGAACUUUGGUGGGAAAAAGGUUACCAAAAUUCUCAAAAGAAGAAUCAAGGGAACUUAAGGGGUCCUUUGAUUUUCUAGGCCUAAAUUAUUAUUCAUCCUACUAUGCUGCUGAUGCACCUCACCUCCGCAAUGCUGCACAACCAGCCAUACUAACUGAUUCUCUUAUUAAUGCUACAUUUGAACAUAAUGGCAAGCCUCUUGGUCCAAUGGCUGCUUCCAGUUGGUUAUGUAUUUAUCCAAAAGGAUUUCACAAUCUUUUGCUUUACACCAAGAAAACAUACAAGGACCCUGUAAUUUACAUUACUGAAAAUGGCCGUGACGAGUUCAACGAUCCAACAUUAUCUCUUGAAGAAUCUCUCUUAGAUACUUAUAGGAUUGAUUACUACUAUCGUCAUCUUUAUUAUCUUGAAAGUGCAAUAAGGGAUGGCGUGAAUGUAAAGGGAUAUUUUGCAUGGUCAUUGUUGGAUAACUUUGAAUGGGAAUCUGGCUUGAGCUUGAGAUAUGGACUCGUCUUCGUUGAUUUUAAAAAUGGUCAAAAAAGACACCCAAAACUUUCUGCCGAAUGGUUCAAGAAUUUCCUUGUUAAAUCUUAG